CAACUGCGAACGCGAGUGGAUUUUUCCCCAGUAAAUAUAUAAGCCGCUGAGUGAUUUGAGAAAGAACUUAAUCUUUAACGGUUAUAUAAAUAUCGAAAAAAGUCUAAAACGAUGGCUAAUAAAUUGCAAAAGUUGUUGUUGUUGAGUGUUUUGUUGUUGCACCAGUUCACACGCUCGACCGCCUUCCUCAUACCACGCGAUCCCGACUGCACAAAUAGCGAUAACGAGACAAUCGAACCCAGCGAGAAAUGCUCGUCAAUGCUGCACUUUCAACGCAAUCUCGGUAAAUACCGUAACUUCUUCGCCAAUCUGCUGCAGGAAGAGAACGAACAAUUCGCUGCCGAACUACAGGAACUGUACAACUUAGUCAGCUCGGCGCUGGUAGAACACGACUACAAUGAGAUGCAGCGACAAUUUUUCUACUCCGUUUGGCUGGUUGAGCGCACCAAAGAUCUGGAGGACUAUUUGGAUAUGAAGGGUUUCCGAACAAUUUAGGCAAAAUAGAAGAAUGUUAAAGAUUUUAUAAAGUAUCGUGUAUGAAUUCAGUUGAUUUUAAUGUAUGCAGGUGUAUUCCGAUUGUGCUUUCUUCAAUUACCUAGACACAUGCCCUGACGGGAUAACGAAAAUGCUCUUCUAAAAGUUUGCUGCGCUCUUCUAUUCACAUUUUUUAUAUUUAUUGUUCGCUAAUUUAUUAUAAUUAAUUUUUACUUAAAUAGUAUUAUUAUGGGCGUUGCAAAUAUAUGUUUUAACAACAAAUAGUAGGCUUAGUAUAAAUAAAAUCAUUUACUUCCUUGUGGAACCACUCAAGCAGAUACAUACAUACAUCGGAAUAAAAAUAAGAAAAAUUUUAAA